AUGUCGUCGCCGCAAAGCGCCGUGACCACAGAUGCGGAGUCCGCACGCCGAACGGCAGAGGCUCGCGCGGCCGUGACAGCCUCGCUCGCCGCCGUUGGAAGCUCUGUCGACAACGACAUGCGGACUCGAGCGGCAGAUCUGCACAGGAAUUCCGAGGGAAUAACGAAGCAGGAGAAGGAUCUGGCCAAGGCAACGACGGCGUUGGCAAAGGAAAGUGCGCAGUGGCAGAAGUUGGCAGACACCAGCACGAAGAAGCUCAACGAAAUCGGAGAUAUUCAGAAUUGGGCAGAGAUGCUAGAAAGGGAUAUGUUGGUGCUGGAGGAAACGUUGCGCUUGGCUGAUGGAAAAGCUGCGCCGGACUCUGCCAGCGGCACUGUGGGAUAG